UAUUUAUCUAAAACUUCCGCACUUAAUUUACUCUCUAAUGCCAUAUAGUAAGGGGUAUCAUCUGUAUUUUGUUUUAAAGAAUUUAAUAAUCGGCAAAUUUUCUCUAUUUUUAAAUAUAAUCUCUCAUCUUCUUCAAAACAUUCUGAUAUUGGCAAAUUCAUUAUUUCCUGGUUUAGUGACCUUAUUAAUUUUUUACUGUCUCCAAACUUCUCUAAUAUUAAAUCAAUCGCGUCGUAAUAUCCAUCCUUUGUUAUUGGUAUACCCUCUAUUAAUUCCUUAGCAGCUCCUUCUAAACCUGCCUGUAAAAAAUUAAAUUUCUCUAUUUCGGACAAAUUCCUCUCAUCAUGUACUAACACCUUAAAAUUCUCCCAAAAGGAAAACCAACUCU